ACUAGAGACGAACCAACGACAGGAAGCAGACAUAACGCAUUAGAAAUAAUACGGUUUCGACAUUUAUAAAAAUACAUAACAGAUCAGCAUCCGUCCAAAGAGAGAAAGGGAAUAAGCGGAUUAGGCAAAUUUGCCUAAACAUACGGCAUAUAACUACACAUUUAAACAUGCCUUCGGAAAAGACCUUUAAACAAAGGAGGACAUUUGAGCAGCGGGUGGAGGAUGUCAGGCUGAUCCGAGAACAGCAUCCCAACAAGAUCCCGGUGAUCAUUGAGAGAUACAAGGGAGAGAAGCAGUUGCCAAUUCUGGACAAAACAAAGUUUUUAGUCCCUGACCACGUAAACAUGAGCGAACUAAUUAAGAUAAUCAGGAGACGCCUCCAGCUGAACUCAAACCAGGCUUUCUUUCUGCUUGUUAACGGUCACAGCAUGGUAUCUGUGUCCACGGCCAUUUCUGAGGUCUACGAGCGAGAGAAAGAUGAAGAUGGCUUCCUGUACAUGGUCUACGCCUCCCAGGAGACAUUCGGAAGUGUGUAAAACGGCAUACGACUGGCUUUCGUUCAAGGACAAUGAUACAACCUACCCUGAGCCCUUAUGACCUCUCCUGUACAUUUAGCCCUGCCCCUUUACUCCCCUCCUCCCAAUAGGACUAUAGGAACCAGCUGAACUUUAAGUCCUUUUGGCUUGAAUCCCCAUCUCAACCUUUAUCCAAAGCUAAAUCCUAAAUGUCCGUAAAAUCAUAAACGUCUCAGAUCUUAACCUUUGUGUUGAGGAGUCACGUCUUUGUCUUUUGGUUUGUAGACCAGGUUACAGUUAGCCGGAUAACAAUCCACUGUCUGAAAAUUUACUUAACAUAAAUGCAAGACUUGAAGGAAAGACUACUGGGUAUAGAGAUGGAGUCAUGUUUUCUUCUUAGCGGUUUAAUUCAUACACAUCUACAUAGUGUAGUGUGAAGAAGUCAAGAAAGUUUGAGGUUAUUCAACAGGUCCAUUUUAAUUUAAAGGGGUCAUGUUGCUGUCAGUACGCUCUCUGGUGAAGUGCAACCCCCUUGUUGCUUUAAAAGUUAUUUGGAAAGCUUAUGCUCUUCAUGUCGAGAAUUUGUAGAUGUCAUUAAACAAGCAGUGUUUUCUGCCGAUAACCAUGUUUCGCUUUCUGCUGGAAACCAUUUCGCCCUCGAGGUUUUGCAAUCUGCGUACUUGGAUUCACAACACGGCUAAGACUAAGCUCAAUGCAAUGGCCUUCUUGACGUUUUAGCACGUUCCACAUAAAGUAUAUGUGGUGAAAGGACAAACAAAAAUGUAAUUUAUAACAAGAACCCUGCUUUGAUUGUAGUGUAAGCUUAAUAAUGCAAGUUUAAGGAGGACAAUAAAAAUGUAACUUGACAAUGGUACAUUAAAACGCUGCCUGAGCAAAUGAAUGUGAUUUUACUGUAACGUCAUGCAGUAAGACGACUGUGCCCCAGGUAGUCAGGGCAGACCUCACCGCAAUACAGGUGGGUCUGUAGGGAACUGUACCCAAUCCAAGCGCAGUUCUGAGUUUUGCUCACGAAACCCCUGCUUCUUUAUCUGCACGCUUUUAACCUUGGUAAAUUUAUUAGAGAAUUCUUUACGCCUUUAUGAAUACAUAAAUAACCAUGAGUCUGUAUGUCUUAUUAAUUGUACAGAUCUGCUUAAAUGCCUUUUAUCCUGAGCGUUUGUUUCCGAUUUUAUUGACUUGUUCUUAUUUAAAGAGAUGUCUUUUUGUGAUACUUAGAAUUGUGCAAUUUACAAAGCAACUGUUUGAACGAGGGUUUGCAUCACUUGAUCAACCUGUUAUCAAACUUAAGCUAAUUUUUGCAUUUGUCCUGCUCUCAGAUUUAUUCACAGCAAUAUCACACUUCUAUUUCUGUUAAUAUUUUAAAAAAUAAAAGAGGAAUAUGCGC